AUGGCCGACACCGCCGCUCAACUGCCUCGCGCCUACCAGGCCGCGUCAGUCGAACAACGCAUCUAUCAGACUUGGUGGGAUGCUGGUUAUUUCCAGCCCGGAGGAGACCGGUCAAGAUCACCAUUUUGCAUGGUGAUGCCGCCGCCCAACGUAACGGGCGAGCUCCACCUGGGUCACGCCCUCACCGCCAGUCUCCAGGACGCCCUGGCCCGAUGGCAUCGGAUGCUGGGCGACCCCACGCUGUGGGUGCCCGGCAAAGACCAUGCUGGUAUCGCCACUCAAUGGGUUGUGGAGCGGAUGUUGGCCUCGGAGGGCACGGACCGGCACGCAUUUGGUCGCGAACGUUUCGAGGAGAGAAUCUGGGAGUGGGUGUCCCAGUACGGCGACACCAUUGACGAACAGCAUCGGCGAUUGGGAACUUCCUGCGAUUGGUCCCGUAUCAGGUUCACCUUGGACCCCGGGCCGGCUCGGGCGGUGCGCACCACUUUCGUGAAUUUGUUCAACAAGGGGCUGAUUUACCGCCACGAGCGCAUCAUCAACUGGUGUCCGCGCUGCGCGACCGCCCUGUCUGAUCUUGAAGUAGAUUACGAAGAACAGGAUGGGAAGCUAUACCACAUCCGGUACCCGCUGGCUGAUGGGUCCGGGAGAAAUGUAACCGUCGCCACAACCCGCCCUGAGUCGAUGCUCGGUGACACCGGCGUUGCAGUGCAUCCCGAUGACGAGCGGUACCGCGACAAGGUUGGGGCGAUGGUGGAAUUGCCGAUUGUGGGUCGGCAGAUACCGAUAGUAGCCGACGAAGCCAUUGAGAUGGAAUUUGGAACCGGCGCUCUAAAGGUUACCCCGGGCCACGAUGUAGUCGACUUUGAGAUAGGUGAACGCCAGGACUUGCCGAUAAUAACCGUGAUCGGAUUCGACGGUUGCAUGACCAACGCAGCUGGCGAGAAGUACGGCGGCAUGGAUCGUUUUGCGGCGCGAAGAGAAGUAACCGCAGAACUGGAAACAUUGGGGUUGCUCGAGAAGGUCGAAGAUUACCACCAUUCCGUGGGCCAUUGCCAACGUUGCAAUGAGGUGGUGGAACCGUUGAUCAGCCUGCAAUGGUUCCUAAAUGACAGCAUCGCCGGCCGGGCCUACGCCGCAGUUGUAGACGGCGAAAUAAAGAUUGUUCCGCAACGAUUUGCCAGGGUUUAUCUAAAUUGGUUGGAGAACAUCAGGGAUUGGUGUAUCAGCCGGCAGUUGUGGUGGGGCCAUCGAAUUCCGGUGUGGUAUUGCUCGGACUGUUCCGACCACUCGGCAUCGGUCGAUGACCCUGAGGUUUGCUCGAGUUGUGGCAGCCCCAACAUAUCUCAGGAUAACGACGUUCUGGACACGUGGUUCAGCAGCGGACUUUGGCCUCAUUCCACACUGGGUUGGCCCGACGAAGGGUCAGAAGAUUUUGAAACCUUUUACCCCAACUCGGUAUUGGAAACAGGUUACGACAUCCUGUUUUUCUGGGUUGCCCGGAUGAUAAUGCUGGGGAUGGAGAACACCGGCGAGGUUCCGUUCCGUGCCGUGUACCUUCAUGGCAUGGUUCUGGACGCCGAGGGUCAGAAGAUGAGCAAAACCCGCGGCAAACACAUGGACCCGCUGGAUUUGGUGGAACAAUAUGGGACGGAUGCCCUGCGUUUCGCCCUGACAACGGGGACAGCCCCCGGCAAUAACCUGAGACUCAGCGACGACAAGCUGGAAUCGGCGCGCAACUUUGCCAACAAAAUCUGGAACGCAUCGCGGUACGUUUGCGGCGCACUGGAAUCGAGGGACGACCUUGCGGGUUGGCAUGACCUUGACCAACCUGAACACCGGGAAGACCGUUGGAUCGUGGGAAGGCUGGACGCCGUGACCGUCGCCGUCAACGAGUCGCUGUCGCUCUUUGAAUUGGGCGAAGCGCAGCAGAUGCUGUACGACUUUGUCUGGAACGAUUUUUGCGACUGGUAUAUGAAAUGGCCAAGAUGCGGCCGCGAGACCCUGGCCCACGUGCUGGAACGGUCGUUGCGAUUGUUGCAUCCCUUCAUGCCGUUCGUCACUGAAGAGAUUUGGCAGAACCUGACGAUGCGGCUGCCGGCGCCCGAGGGCGGGCUCUCCCCGUCAAUCAUGAUCGCUCCGUAUCCGCUAACCGAAAAUCCACGGAUCGCUCCGGAUGCGGAAUCCGAAGUCGAUGUCGUGAUGCAAACGAUUCGUGCGGUGCGCAACUUGCGGGCGCAACUGAGAAUCCCCGCGGGACAACAUCUGGCUGCAACUAUUGAAUCCAAUGGGAUGCGGUUGGUCGUAGAAGAGGAGAAGGCCGUUAUUGGCGCUCUGGCGCGCAUCGAUCCGCUGCGGGUAGCCGAGACCGGAGAAGGCGGCAUGAUUUUGGGCGUGAGCCUGGUGGUGAAUCCCCUGGUGGUUCGAAUGCCCCUGGAAGGCAUUGUGGACCUGACGGCCGAGGGCCAGCGACUUGGCGGCGAGCUCGAUGCUGUCAUCAACAAUGAACAACGGGUGCAAAAAUUGCUGGAUAACCCCAAUUUUGUCUCAAAGGCCCGUCCCGAGGUAGUCGAGAACGAACGCCAACGUCUGCAAAAUGCUGGGUGA